AAAAUUAGAUAUGUAUUUGAUGAUGAAGACGAUGAUGACGGUGAUCAGAAUCUCACGGGUGCUAAAAGUGGUGCCGUUGGAUUGAAAACACAGAAGGAUUGUCAUCAAGAAGUGUCUAAUCUUUAUGGUUCAGAACCUUCGAAGCCACAUUACUAUUGUUCCCUGCCCAUCGAUGAACCUAUUUGGAGGGGAAUCAUUAAGAUAGGCAGCGGAAAAUUUGUUUCAUUGGCUGCGCAUUUGUCAACCAAAUACUGUGAGAAGGUGUGGAAAUUGUCAAGAUCACUUGAGCCAGUGGUUGAAGUAACAAAGCUUUCUAGACUGGAGGCUUGGCCUAAGAGCUUUGAGGCAUCAAGGCCCACUGAUGACAACAUUGCGUUGUAUUUAUUGCCCAUGGAGAUGAGGCAAGAUGCAGACAUGGAUCAACUUGUUAAAGAAGUAAUGGAGAAUGAUAUGGUUCUACGAGCUAUUGUUGGUGAAGCUGAGAUGCUGAUAUUCCCAUCUAUUCUACUGCCUGAGCAACACCAAACUUUCCAAGGAAAACCCUACCUGUGGGCGGUAUUUAAGCGCAGAAUAGUGGAAGAGGAACAACAUGGCAAAGGACGUUGUGCACAGGAGAAGGGAAAACAGCUGGCUUCACUUUUCAGUGUGGGAGAAGGAUUAAACAUUGAUGCUGGACUAGAAGCUUCUGAGGAACCGGAGAUGCAAGGCAUGGAGCCGGAACAAAAUCCCAAGUUGGCUCGACCGAACGCGCCGAGUCCGACAACUAAAGCUCCUACCACGGCUGCAGCUACAAUGUCUGCAAACCACUGUCAAGACCACUCAAACAUGGCUGCUCCUACAGGAGCUUUGUUUGGUUUUGUGGUUCAGCGAACCCCGAGACUUGAGCAACUCAUCCAAGAGAUGCAACGCGAAGGUGCUGUGAUGGUUGCAAUGCAAGGGCAGAUGAUAGGGCCAGGCAUUGGCUUGUGCAGGCAGUAGCAACAGGGUUGAGACUUGAGAGGAGGACGAUAUGGCACAGAGGCGGAGCUCAUCUGGAUCCUUGCUCUUUGAAGCUGACUUGGACCUGAGCCGCUUUGUGUGUACCAUCGUCUGUGCUUGUUUGAAGGCUUUUCCAUUCUGGUAUUCUAGUUGAGUAGAGGUUUAGUUUGGUGUUUGCUAAAAUGCAUCUAAAAAUUAUCAUGUCAGCGCAUGUAUUCUCAGAUGCAUUUUGUUCUUCAUUAUAGUUCUGCUUGCAUCUCCA